AACUCAGCCGCAAUAAGCCAUUCGCGAAGUUCAUACGCUGUUGUUUAGUUGAUAAAAACAAUAUUUGGCAUUUGAAUUUUACAUAUUUUUUAAAUAAAAAUUGAUAAAAAUCCCAAAAAAAAAAUCAAAAAAAAUGAAUACAGCAACAAGUGCCAUUCCAUCAUUGGCUACAUUGAACGUGCCAAGUCCCACCACAACUGGGGCUGGGAAGAUUGUAACAAAUCUUUUAACUAUUGACAACCCCGUCUUCUGUUGCUUCCUCUUCUGGGCCAGUGUGCUGGUGAUUAAGAUGCUGCUGAUGUCGUUACUGACAGCACUACAACGGUUCCGGCAUAAGAUUCUUGGUAUAUUUCCUCAUAGCUGCUUGCGAAAGGUUUUCCCCAACCAAGAGGACUUAUUUUUUAAAGAUCUUGAAGUGCAAUUCAAUGAUCCUCAUGUCGAACGUGCACGCCGUGCACAUCGCAAUGAUAUGGAGAACAUUUUACCUUACUUCACUAUGGCACUCUUGUACAUUUGCACGAAUCCGAAUCCAACUGUUGCCUGUAUACUCUUCCGCAUCGUGACUAUUGCGAGAGUCCUGCACACACUCGUGUACGCCUUUUACCCAGUACCACAGCCAUCGCGCAUCAUCGCUUUUGGAGUAGCAUUUGCCAUAACAAUUUACAUGGCUUGCGCGGUAGCAUUGGAUAUGUUGUCAUAUAUUUAAGCAUUAUUAAGUCUAAAUGAUGCAUUGAAAAUGGUUUGGAAAAUAUUAAAUCUACUUUUCUUUCCGACUUAAA